GGAAGCGAACGAAAGGUCUUCCUGACAGAUGGAUUUAUCACAAGUAGCUGGUCGCAACUAUUCAAGUCGAUAUCAAAGUUCGCAGAUAAGCAAACUGAUGCUUUUCUCACUGACUUCGAAUUUUCUUCAUACAGAAGUCUAACUUUAUAAACACAAAAAUAUAACCUAUACAUAAAGUUAUAUACACGAGUAUGCCGCCGAAAAAGAAUACGGGUGCCGCAAAAUCUAAUAAAGGUAAAUCCUUGGAGGAUAGUGGUGGAAAAGCAGAAAAGAAAGGAGGAUCUUCAGUCAAAGUCAGACAUAUUUUAUGUGAAAAGCAAUCAAAAAUAUUGGAAGCAUUGGAAAAAUUGAAAGCUGGUCAGAAAUUCAAUGAAGUUGCAGCAACAUACAGUGAAGACAAAGCUAGAUCUGGGGGUGAUCUUGGUUGGAUGACUCGGGGUUCCAUGGUAGGACCUUUCCAAGAUGCUGCUUUUGCACUACCUAUUUCUAGUCUAGCAUCACCAGUUUAUACAGAUCCACCAGUAAAAACAAAGUUUGGGUAUCAUAUUAUAAUGGUGGAAAGUAAAAAAUAAUUUCCUUUAAGGAACAGAAUUUUGUAAUACUUUUGUAAAACAGUCAUUCAUA